CUCCCUCUCCCAGGACUGCUAGAGGCGGCGGGGUUUCUCUUAACUUUGCAUCAGCGCCCCCCCCUCCAAACAACAGACCCGCUGGAUCAAAGGACGACCCCCCCCCGCUCCCCGCACGAGCCCUGCAUUUGCUUAUUCAUUGCAAGGGGGGCAGGGGUAGAGGCGGCCGGGACAGACGGACCGGACGGUGGAGAAGCCGAGAUGCAACUGACCAGGGUUCCUCUCUGCCUCCUGCUGCUCAGCCAGCUCUUCCCUGGCAAGGUUUCAGCCCGCCAAGGCUGCAAGAGCGGACGCUUCACCUCCCUUGGGGACUGCUGUGACCCUUGCCCCCCGGGCUAUGGGGUGGCCGUCCCGUGCGGCAGCUCCAACACGGAGUGCGAGCCCUGCAGAGAGAAUGGGACGUUCUCCUCCAGCAGCAGCGCCACGGAGCCGUGCCAGCCGUGCUCACGGUGCCCGGUGGCAGAGGCGUGCACCCCCACCAGCGACACUGUGUGCGCCCUCCAGUGCCCCCCCGGCCACUACCUGCACGCGGAGAACGGGAGCAGCAGCCAGUGCUUGCCUUGCCAGGUGUGCGGGCCGGGCUACGGGGCAGCGACGCUGUGCGGGCCUACGAACAACACCGUCUGCCAAAAAUGCCUGGAGGGCUUUUACUCGGAGGAGAAGAGCGACUCGGCGCCGUGCCUGCCCUGCCGGCUGGAGUGCCACGAGGACGAGGUGAUGAUCCGGGCCUGCAGCCCCGUGUCGGACACGCUGUGCAUGGACAGAGAGCUGCAGAUCCUGAAGCGCACGGAUGGGGACCCCCGCAAGGAGCACCCCAAGAAGCCUCCGCUGUCUGAGUCAGAGGGCAGCGCCUCCCCCAAUAACUCCUCCGAGUUCCUCCCGCCGCUGCCAGACAACAGCAAGAACAUCAUCCCCGUCUACUGCUCUAUCCUGGCCGCGGUGGUGGUGGGGCUCCUGGCCUACGUGGCUUUCAAAUGCUGGAACACCUGCAAGCAGAAGCAGCAGCUGGCGAAAGCCAGGGCUGGGGAGCUGGGGGCCUCCCCCGAGGGCGAAAAGCUGCACAGCGACAGCGGCGUCUUCCUCGACACGCACAGCCUGCAGGAGCACCACCCGCUCAACAAGGCGCACAGGGCUGAGCCCCGGCUGUACAGCGCCCUGCCACCCCACAAGCAGGAGGAGGUGGAGCAGCUGCUGGAGAGCUCCAGCCACGGCAAGGACUGGCGCUGCCUGGCCAGCCAGCUGGGCUACGAGGAAGAGGCCAUCGACACCUUCGGCCGGGGCGAAGCCCCCGCCCACACCCUCCUCUCCGACUGGGCCGCCAAAGAGGGGGCCACGCUGGAGGCCCUGUGCACAGCCCUGGCCGGCAUCGAGCGGCCGGACGUGGUGGAGAACUUGACCGGCCCAGCGGAGGCCAGCUCGGUGGUGUAAUGGCACGGGCAAGCCAGCAGGGGGACGCGCGCACCCCGCGAGAACGGGACUCGCUAGGAGUUUUAAAUGGCAACAAAAAAAGAAAAGGGGGGAGGGGAACAAAUUUUGUAAACGAUAAGGAAACUAAAAAA